UCUGUUCUGUUGUGUUGUGUUCUGGUGCAGGUUGUUCCCUCAAAAGCCCCGCUUCCUUCGCAUCUCCUUCCUUCCCAUUGUUCAUUGCCUGUUUCUGAGCUGCGCAUGCCCCGAAGCUCACUUCCCUGGUGCUUCCCACGCCAGCUGUGGGAUACUGCAGUUAAUGGAACCGGAGAUUGUGCCUCAGUUCAGUGGCGACCUCUCCGUUGACCACUAUGGGUUGAACGGGGAACACAAGUCCCAUCUCCUCUGUUGACACCUACCUCGUAUGCCUUUGCCUCCCCCGUCCUCCUCUUUUGGUGUUGUUGUUGCUGCUGUGUUGCUCAUUUGCUGCGACCCGCCAAAGUAUAAGUAAAUGACGCAAUCUCCGGAGAGACGUGUGUGGAGAGCGGGGAUGGAGGUUGUGAUGAGGUUCGUGGUCAUUAAAGAAGUGGCCCGAAGGAGCUUCAGCUACUUGAGCUUGAUUAAAUGCAAGCCGCGCCGGAGGGGAUGAAGGUGGUGGUGAAAUGGGAAACCCUAGAACGAAAGGGCUCAUCGUCCCCAACGCCCAUCUUGGACAACAGCAACUUUCAGUCUGAACAUUGAGAGUUGUGCGAUUCUCGUAUGUAAUCAAAAAUGGUGUUUUCGAAUCGUGGGUUGUCCAACAGCCAGCUCGACCGAUGAGUGUUGCGGAGGAUUCCGAUUCCCACUUGGCAGGCUUAGUCCGCGGAGAGGACUGGCACAUGUUCCUUGUAACGAAAGCGACGGAAUUGGUAACCGUUGGAUGGAUAACCGUUGGAUGGACAACAGUUGCAAGCGGUGGAGCCCAACACCCACACUCGCCAUCAAAGCAUAGUUGCACGCGAGGCCGGAAAACGUCACUCGGACGCACAGCGCGUAAGCGAAGUAGGUGAUGUGAGAAUGGGUGCCGCGGUUUCCUAUUUUCGUCUCUUUCCCAGGGCCGUCGAAUGAACUCACACCUAGUCACAAAUUUAGUCUUGAAGAAAAAAAUACCGUCUUUUCUGGAUGGUUACAAACCCUAGAAAAUGUGCUUUGUAUAUACGGUCGGAAAUGAGGGAGGGUAGCGUAAGAACGUAUGUGGAGAGAAAAAUCUACUUGGCAGCUGGACUGGGCUGUAUCUGUGCAAGCAUCACUUGGACGGAGGGGAAGGGAAGUGCCAGGCGGACGGCGAAAGCUGGCGCCUGGUCAGCGUGAAGGCAACCAUGAUCAGCAGCAGGAAGGAGUGUCGCUUAGACGGGGCUUUUAGGAAUUGUAUCGAAUCGUCGCUUGCUUCCGAGACGCUUGGUGUCGCAGCUGAAAUAAGAGGGAAGACACUGCAGUAGUACUUUUGGUAGAGUAGGCAAUGUGGUCAGGAAGCUGUUUGCCAAUUGAAGUCUAGCAUGCUGGUGUAGUGUGCGGCUGGAGGCUUAGAAUUGCUUGUAUUCAGCUUCACUACUGCACCUAUUGGGACACAGUCAUCGCUGAUCAUUCUUAACAAGCUCUCUGGCAGGCUGAGCUGCUCGCACUGACAUCAUUUGUUUUGCUUGAACGCAUUGAAGCAUGGGAGGUUCCAAAGUAGCGUGGUUACUGGUUUUCCUGUCUCUCUGUUGUACAAUUGUUGUGUCUGUCAAUGGGCAAGCUGGGGUAGCUCCGGCAGCGCCAGUUCCGUUCCCCGGAAAAACCUUGGGCCCAACACUGGCGCCAACAGCUCCUACCCUGGCCCCUGCCCCUGCUCCCGCCUACAUUUUUCCUUCUUGCGAUGGAGUGGAGGUGAUCUACACAUUAACAAGCACUGCUGAAAUUUUUCCUAAUGCUUCAACUCCAGCGACGCAACCGUACAGCUUUGAGGCCUCCAUCACACUGACAAACAAGGGGUACUCCACUCUGGAUGUCUGGGGUGUCGGGCUUACUUACACACACGACGAGAUUAUUGUGUCAGCAGGAGGCUUGUUGUUGGAAGAUGGAAGGGCAUUCCCUGCCAACGUGUCUGAUGGGGCUGUUUUGGCACCGUCUCCCCCUCAAACCUUACGAAAUUCUAUUGAGACCGCUGGGGAUCGAACUAAAAUUUCCAAAACGUUUACCAUUGUGGGUACUGAAUUUGGCGAGCCUCUAUUUCCGAUGCCGCUCACUCUCAACAUCACCAGCCCGGGAUACAAUUGUACUAAGCCUGACCCAUAUGGAAAUUCCACAUUGCAUGUAUGCUGUGCUGAACCGAGCAAAAACAUAACCCUUGGAGGCGACGACGUCUUUUUGCCACCCAUCAGAGGUGACAUCCUAAUCACUUACGACGUGAUCCAGGCCUACAGCAGCAAUUACAGGGCUAUGGUGACGAUUUCCAACGAGAGCCCAUUUGCAAGGCUUGAUAACUGGAACCUUUCAUGGACCUGGCAAGAGGGAGAGUUCAUCUACCAGAUGCAAGGCGCUAGGCCGAAAGUUGCCGAUAGGCAAGUGUGUGUGGCUGGCGAAGCUGGAGUGUAUUACCAACCUACCCCCACUAUGGACGUGAACAACGCUAUCAGCUGCUCAAUCAGCCCCGAGAUUUCUGACCUCCCCGUGGAUAUGACGAACGACACCACAGUGGGAAAUGUGAAGUACUGUUGCAGGAAUGGGACACUCUUGCCAUCUGUGAUCGAUCCCUCCAAGUCGAAAUCUGCCUUUACCAUGAAUGUGUUCAAGAUUCCGCCCAAUGCCGACAAUGUGCUACACUUGGUCCCUCCUGCUGCCUUCAAAAUUGGAAACGGUGAAUAUACCUGCGGUGCACCACGUCUCAUAGCCCCCAGCCUCUUCCCGGAUCCUUACUUGGAUUACUCUACUAACGCCAUGAAGACGUGGCAGGUCAGUUGCAAUGCCACCACGGGACCGAAGAAACCCCCUCCCAAGUGUUGCGUCUCCUUCUCGACGUACUUGAAUGACUCUAUUGUGCCGUGCCCUACAUGUGCCUGCGGAUGCGCUGCAAAUCCCACUCCUGUGUGCAACAAAAAUGCCUCCGCGAUGCUGCUCCCCUACAGUGCACUCACCCUGGCUCCUGGCAACCGAACUAACCAGAUCCUCGCGUGGGCCAGCAUCCAGCACACCCAAGUCCCCAACCCUCUCCCAUGCUCCGAUUACUGCGGAGUAAGCAUCAACUGGCACGUCGUGUCUGACUACUCCAAAGGGUGGAGCGCCCGCAUGUCGCUCUUCGGGUGGUCGAAUAUCACAUACCCCGACUGGUUCGCCGUCGUGGAGAUGCCCAAAGCCAUGCCCGGCUUCGAGCAAGCAUACACGUUUAACGCCACCAAGAUCCCGCCCACCAAUUCAAGCUUCAUUGUGCAGGGCCUGAGUGGGUACAACAACUAUCUUUUGGGAUCUCAGCUCGUGAAAACUGGAGUGUCUGUGCUGCAAUCGGUGCUGUCGUUUACGAAGAAACGCACCCCAGAGAUUGAUUCCCUCAAAGGGGAUCUCUUCCCCAACAAGGUCUGGUUCAAUGGAAUGGAGUGUGCCAUGCCGGAUACCUUCCCUACCAGCGGAGCUUUGAGUCUGGCAUCGCCGUCACUUGUGAGCACACUUGUGAGCACACUAGUGCUAAUGCUGGUGUCGGUACUCUGGCUCGGCGCUUCUGAGCUGCUUUGAGCUCAAUGUUUGCUAAUGUACACAGCUUCAUCGAGAUCAUGUGAUUAGCUUUUGCUUAUUUCUCAACCACUGAGUAGGUUGGAUUAUGCACAGGUAGUGAGUGGAAACGUCACAUUCUUUCUGCAUUCUUUAGGCAACACUGUGAGUAAACAAUAACCGUUGCCCUCAAUGAGUUGUAAAUUUUACGUUAAUCAGUGACAAUUUUUUUGUCUCCAUUAAAGAAAGGAGUUUUUUGUUGUUUUA